CAACAGGCGCUUAAUAGGGCUUUUAGUAGAUCGAGAAGUUAGGUGAUAACACGCUAGCCAAAUUUAGCGUCGUUGCAGUUGAUAGUCCUUUACGGGAGUGGAAGCAAGAUAGUUAAAGCUUCUCCAUUUUCCUGAAGUUACGUGGCUUAGAUGAAACUUUGAGUGAUGCCAACUGUACAAACUCUCCUGCUCACCCUCACGUUAGGCACGUGCUGGGCCUACGAAGGACAGAAAUGUGAUGCAAAGCACAUUGCUAAACGCCUUGGGUUUAAUCCGGAUUCCUGGAAGUUAAUCAACCGUGAUCACCCUAAAUAUCACUUGAUGUUCUACUCAAACGGGAGCCUUCCCUCCAUGUACAAAUGCUUGUGCACAACGACGUCUAAUGACAAAGCUGGUCAAAAGUAUCUCAAGAAUGUAAAAUUUCACUAUUCGCCGAAUGAAACUACCAUAUACCAUGGAACUGACACAGUGUGGUCGAUCAAAACGGAUCCAUAUUAUGUCUAUGAUAACGCAUUGAAUGCAACAUACUUCGUCCGAAAAUCGAUUUCCAAGAUUGACUACACCAAAAUGUUUUCUGUCAGUCAAGUAAUUUUCGCUUAUGACAAGUGCAUCGUAUUGGAAUCGGAGUUACUCGGCUACCAGGUCUGGGUUCGUACUUACUAUCUUAGAAAAUAUAAAACAAUUCCUUACGUCUGUACCUUUAUCUACGAAGCUUGCGCUGGAACCAACAAAAAAUGGGUCUACGAUUGGAGCCAUUGUCCCAAAACAACCUACAAAUUGCCUGAGAACACAGAGCCACUGCCAACAUGAAGUAAAUCACUUAAUUUGUGCCACUAACUGACUCAAAGCAAAAAUAAUAAUAAUAAAUAGAGCAUUAUGCAA